GCAGUCAUGGCUCGUGGCCAGCUGGUGUGCCUGGCCAGCGUGCCCCGCCUACGAAAGAAAUACGGUCGUGGAUGCACGAUCGCGAUUAAGGCCCAGGACGCGGUGCCUUUGGAGACGGAGCAGAAGAUCGACGAUCUUUUGAAGCGAGCCUUCGGCGCAAUCAAGCUCGAUGGCCAACCCAAGGGCGUGAUCAUGUAUGGAAUCCGCGAGCAACAACCAUGGAGCGCGUUGUUCGGCGAGUUGCGCUCUGUCCACAAGCUCUUCGAGCCCGAGUACGUGCUCGUGAGCGAGAUCAGGCUGGACAGAACCUUGCUUCACCCGAAGAGAAGCCGCCGGAGGGCCAAACCCGGCGGCAGCGCUGUCUCGUCGUCAUCGAGCUAUUCGAGUUCCCCCGAGAUGACGUCAAGCAAAUCCACGAGGACUAACGCGUCCAGUGUGUGACGCGGA